AUGGCCGGCAAGACGGGGGGGGGACUCUGUCGCCAGGCUCACUCGCCUGCUCCGCCAAUUCUGAACAACGGUCAGGCCGCCUUUCCUGUUUCUGAUGAUUCCGGUGGCCGUUGUUCCUCGUGCGGGCAGGGAUGCAGGGAUGCAGGGGGUAUGCAGGCGGUGCUUCAUCAGCAAGUGCGUUCGUAG